CUCACUUUGUGGAGCCGCCUGAAGGCGCCAAGAUGAAGCCAUCGCGGAAGUGGGGCGGGGCGGCGCCGCCCCUCUAAGGCGCUUCCUAGUUCGGCUGGUUCUUCUGUCGCCGGCUUCAGCAACCCGCGCCCGGGCAGGGGCCUGGAGCAGUAUCUAGCACAUAGUAGACACUCAGUAAAUAUUCGGAAUAGAAGAUGAACAAACCCAUAACACCGUCAACAUAUGUGCGCUGCCUCAAUGUUGGACUGAUUAGGAAGCUGUCAGAUUUUAUUGAUCCUCAAGAAGGAUGGAAGAAGUUAGCUGUAGCUAUUAAAAAACCAUCUGGUGAUGAUAGAUACAAUCAGUUUCACAUAAGGAGAUUUGAAGCAUUACUUCAAACUGGAAAAAGUCCCACUUCUGAAUUACUGUUUGACUGGGGCACCACAAAUUGCACAGUUGGUGAUCUUGUGGAUCUUUUAAUCCAAAAUGAAUUUUUUGCUCCUGCGAGUCUUUUGCUCCCAGAUGCUGUUCCCAAAACUGCUAAUACACUACCUUCUAAAGAAGCUGUAACAGUUCAACAAAAACAGAUGCCUUUCUAUGACAAAGACAGGACAUUGAUGACACCUCUGCAGAAUCUUGAACAAAGCUAUAUGCCACCUGACUCCUCAAGUCCAGAAAAUAAAAGUUUAGAAGUUAGUGAUACACGUUUUCACAGUUUUUCAUUUUAUGAAUUGAAGAACGUCACAAAUAACUUUGAUGAACGACCCAUUUCUGUUGGUGGUAAUAAAAUGGGAGAGGGAGGAUUUGGAGUUGUAUAUAAAGGCUACGUAAAUAACACAACUGUGGCAGUAAAGAAGCUUGCAGCAAUGGUUGACAUUACUACUGAAGAACUGAAACAGCAGUUUGAUCAAGAAAUAAAAGUAAUGGCAAAGUGUCAACAUGAAAACUUAGUAGAACUACUUGGUUUCUCAAGUGAUGGAGAUGACCUCUGCUUAGUGUAUGUUUACAUGCCUAAUGGUUCAUUACUAGACAGACUCUCUUGCUUGGAUGGUACUCCACCACUUUCUUGGCACAUGAGAUGCAAGAUUGCUCAGGGUGCAGCUAAUGGCAUCAAUUUUCUACAUGAAAAUCAUCAUAUUCAUAGAGAUAUUAAAAGUGCAAAUAUCUUACUAGAUGAAGCUUUUACUGCUAAAAUAUCUGACUUUGGCCUUGCACGGGCUUCUGAGAAGUUUGCCCAGACAGUCAUGACUAGCAGAAUUGUGGGAACAACAGCUUAUAUGGCACCUGAAGCUUUGCGAGGAGAAAUAACACCCAAAUCUGACAUUUACAGCUUUGGUGUGGUUUUACUAGAAAUAAUAACUGGACUUCCAGCCGUGGAUGAACACCGUGAACCUCAGUUAUUGCUAGAUAUUAAAGAAGAAAUUGAAGAUGAAGAAAAGACGAUUGAAGAUUAUAUUGAUAAAAAGAUGAAUGAUGCUGAUUCCACUUCAAUUGAAGCUAUGUACUCUGUUGCUAGUCAAUGUCUGCAUGAAAAGAAAAAUAAGAGACCAGACAUUAAGAAGGUUCAACAGCUGCUGCAAGAGAUGACAGCUUCUUAAAACUAUUGGAAUAGACUCCUGACUUUUUAUAUAUGCCUAUCUCAACCAUUUUUUUUUUUUUUUAAUUUGAGAUGGAAUCUCGCUCUGUUGCCCAGGCUGGAGUGCAGUGGCGUGAUCUCAGCUCACUGCAAGCUCCACC